CGAAAUUUGCAGAACAGUUCUAGGCGUAAGGUGUUGGUGAGGACGCGUCCGUGCUGAAGAAGUGGUCACCGACCAUCUCGCGUGUUUGUUUAGUUUAUGGCGUGUAAAAUCCAAUGUGCGGUUUUGUUCAAAAUUGUCAUACUGUAUGAUUAGAUCUGAAUAUUCAGCAAAUACUUCUAGGCUCCUUUGUUGUGUGAAAAAUAAUGUAGUAGUGCAAAAAACUUACAUUUGAACGAUAUGCAUAUUAGCAUUUUGAAUAUCGAUGGAUUCGCAGAUUUCGGUAAUCGAAAGUGUUCAGUAGCUGUCCAUCAUGGUUGGAUCUGGUUAUAGACCAAAUAUUAAUUAUUAACUGAUGAUUUUCCCACUGAAGCGGCUUCUCUUCGCCGCUUUUUGGAUUUUAAAUGUGUUUGCAUGGGCGAUUGAAUAUGAUAGACUGAAAGAGAUAUUAACAGAUAAUGAAUGGAAAUCUUUACUAGGUAAUCAAGAUUCACAAUACUUCAUAACCAAUCCUUCAUUUGAGAAGUUGAACAAUUCCUCGCUGUACCGACUGAUUCUUCCUGUGCCUUCAACUGGACAAAACAUAACAGUGUAUUUGUUGCAAAAUGAUAAAGUUUUGGCCAACAAUUUCGUAGUCUUAGAAACCUAUACAAAUAGAUCCAAUGUUUUAAACCAUAAUGAAAAUGACACCAACUGCCACUAUAAAGGGGAAAAUGCUGCAGUAAGCACUUGCGAAGGAAUAAGGGGUGUUAUCCACAACGACAAUAAAUUCUACCUCAUUCAACCACUACCUGCCAGAUUAAAAAAUGAAACUCAUUAUCCACACAUCCUAAUUGAAAAGCAUAGUGAUGAAGUGGAACCGAAGAAUUCAAGUAACUACGAAUGCUCUCAUAGUAAGAUUCAUGGAUAUACCAAAGAAACCUCAGCGAAAAAGCCAAACAUACAUAAAGCAAUUCGACGAAAGAGAGAGAAUUUUCCACCAGGAGCCCCAGUUUUUGUUGAAACUGCUGUUUUCGUCGAUCGAGAUCUGUUCGAUCAUAUGAGAAAUAACUUUCCAGUUGAUACAGAGAGGGAACUUAUACGUUUUGUUCUCGCAAUGGUAAAUGCGGUCCAACUGCUAUACCAUGAUCCGAGCUUAGGAAGACCAGUUAACUUUGUCCUCAAACGGCUAGAAAUACUCAAAGAAGAAGCAACAGGACUUGCGAGACCACCAGACAUCGAUCGCUUCCUGUCAAAUUUUUGUAAUUGGCAAAGAACUAAAAACCCCGUAGGAGACAAAGAGCCCCAACAUUGGGAUCAUGCCCUGAUCUUGACUGGUUUAGAUUUAUAUGUUAGGGGGAAACAUGGAAAGAUAUCCACUCAAGUUGUAGGCUUAGCACCCGUGGCUGGGAUGUGUACUUCGACCAGUAGUUGUACAGUCAACGAAGGAAGACACUUUGAAAGCGUGUAUGUUGUAGCUCAUGAAAUCGGCCAUAAUCUAGGUAUGAGACAUGAUGGUCCCCUAGCCGACAAUGAUUGUGACCCAACAAGCUAUAUAAUGUCACCAACUCUAGGAAGUGGCAAAAUAACCUGGUCAUCGUGUAGUAAGAGAUACCUUCAAAAAUUUCUCGACACUUCGCAAUCAAGAUGUUUGUUGGAUCAUGGUAGCUCAGCAGGAACAUUAGAUCAUAGUGCUGAAGGAGCACUUCCUGGAGAAAGAUUUGAUGCUAAUCAACAAUGCAUGCUGAAGUACGGUAGUGGAAGCAAACAUUCAUCUCAACAGCCAUUAGAUGAUGUUUGCAGAGACCUUCAUUGCGAGAGAGAAAGAUACACUUGGACAUCACAUCCUGCUCUAGAAGGAACCUCAUGUGGUCAUAACUUGUGGUGUAGGGGUGGAAGAUGUAUGAGUAAAGGCAUUUUCAGACAAUCUAUCUUCACUCACCAGGCUCAAAAACUUGCCGCGAAUUCUGAAAAAGUUAAUGGGGGCUGGAGUGAUUGGCGACCAUCUAGCGAUUGUGCUUCUGGUUGUCUAUUUGGGGAAGAAGGUCGAUUGAGUUCUGGAAGUAGUGGAAUUCGAAUUUCCGAAAGAUUUUGUAAUAAUCCUAGACCACUAGGUGGUGGAGCCAAUUGUGAAGGUCCUGAAAGAAAAUUCGAAGCUUGCAAUGCUGAGCAAUGUAUAAAUGUUCCUAGAUUAUCUGUUAGAGAGUUUGCAGAUCAAAUAUGUACCAGAGCUAAAGAAGUAGACGAUGAGCUUACUGGGAUAGGGAUGCAAAAAAUCACUUCAAGCUCUGACGAAGCUUGCCUGGUUUGGUGUAAGAAACGGGAUGGCGGUAUAAAAAGUAGAGGUUGGAACUUCCCUGAUGGUACCGUAUGCCAAACAAGGAGAAGUCGAUAUGGCAGGGCGAAUUACUGCGUAAGUGGAAGAUGUGAAGAAUUUGUCUGUGAUUCAUUCGAUGAAUCUCCCUUUGUUCAGAUGCCUGAUCUGUGUCCUGUAGAAAGGGAAGACAAUGAAUUGUUGUGGAAAACUGGUUUAAGAAGAAGGGACACCCCAACACAUUGGAAAAGUGCAAGCGGUUGUCAUUUCAACUGUAUUUCACCUGGUUCUGGAAUUCGAUUAGUCAUGAGCAAAGGAACACAAAGCAAGUCGAGUAUUCAGCUGUGUCAAGCUGACGAAUAUGCAUGUGGUAGGAAAAAGUCCCCAUUUCAACAUGCCUCUAUGGUUUGCAGUAAAUACAAAGAAAGAGUAAGAAGAUUAUCAGGUCUUGGGAUGCAGAUUUCUCCUGUUAUAGAAGAUCCAGAUAGACCGUGCAGAGUAGCGUGUCAAGAUGAAAAUAUCUCCCAUAGGUUUUACCUAGUCAAUGGCGAAGAGGGAUGGUUUCCCUUCGGUACUGACUGUACUCGAGGAUCGUCAGAUAAAAAAGCCUAUUGUAUCAGUGGAAAAUGCCUUGAAUUUGGUUCAGAUGGCACGCCUCUCUCAGAGAAUGAAUUCACUCUACCUCUCUUGUCGAGAACGAAAAGAUCGUUGUAUAAAAAUAGCAAUACCAGAAUUAUCGUUAAAUUGGAUCAAAAAGAACUAGAUAAUAUCGUUCAUGAUUUGAAUAGGACUAUAUCAGGUCAGGAUUACUAUAUACCCAGAAAUAAAUUCGCUAUAGACUUGGAUAAUCCGAUACAUUUCAACAUGGAUAAUGAAACAGUGAUAAGAUACGGAAACCAAGAUUAUAUAAAUUACGCUUAAUCACCUGUGUAACUGAUUAUGAUUCCUUGAAAAUAUACUGCCAGAAUUAGA